AUGCCCCUGGCUCUGUCUUCCGCCGAGUGCGAUCCGGCAUUGCAUAGACAUAGACGAAAGUUGCUGCAGAGUAACUUCUCCCCUCAGACAAUUCGAAAGUCUGUCGUUCCGAUCUACAGAAAGGUCGUGGCGCUGAGCGAUGCCAUUGCACGUCUGGGAGCGAGCAAGUCCGUCAGCAUACAUAAUGCUUUACGGUGUGCAACGGGAGAUGUGAUCUCCGAGUACGCCUUCGGCACUGCUUUUGACCUCAUCCAGGAUGCCAAAGAUUCUGAUUUCGACAUUCCGUUCUUGAAAGCCUUUGAUCUUUCCCUGGCAAGUUACAUCCACAUGACUUUCUGGCCACUGCUGUGCACCAUUAUCAACAGCAUGCCAAACAAAAUUAUUUCACUCCUUAGCGAGGGAGCAGCCGGCUUCAAGCGGCUGCAAGAUUCGGUCUUCUUAGCCGCCGACAAAUUCGAUCAAUCGACCAAAAAGGGCGAGCUUGAUGGCGAGCAAUCCGUAAUCUUCCGCUCGCUUCAGGAGUUAACUCCAGAGGAGCGGCGGAGUAGCGAAGCGGUGGACAUUGUCAUUGCUAGGUCGGAUACGACGGCCACAACAUUGACGUUGGGCCUUUACAAUAUUCUUUCCAAUCCUGAAAUAAAAUCGAGGUUAAGAGCAGAGAUAGACUCGGUGGAGCUCGCACCUGGUGCUGUUCCCGAUCUGGUGGUUUUGGAGCAGCUUGAGUACAUGACUGCGUGUUGCAAGGAAGCCGUCCGUUGGACUACAGCGGUACAGGGCCGUCUACCGAGAUACGUGCCAAGCUCGCCGCCGUUUGUUGUUGAGGGAMAGGUCAUUCCCCCCGGUACGAUCGUUGGAGUGUCAGCGUAUUGUGUACAUACGAGCGAGAAGAUAUGGGGGACGAAUGCGCGCGACUUUGUCCCCGAACGCUGGCUCGAUGCCAACGCCGGCAGUCUGGAAAAGUAUAUGGUAUCGUUUUCGAAAGGGACCAGGAUGUGUUUGGGCAUGAAUCUGGCUUAUGCUGAGAUUCGCUUGGUGCUUUUCAAUUUGUUCACCCGGUUUGAUAUGCAGCUGGAUGGGAAGACGUCCCCAGAAGACGUUGAGCUUUUGGAUUGCUUUGCUUCGUCUUUGAGAGGUUACGGCCCUAGGGUUCAUUUCGCACCUAGGCAGAAGUCUGCCUUAUGA